AUGCCACAGGAGCCAUCCACCACACCGCCGGCGAGCGCAGAGCAGCACGAGGCGUCACAUUCUCGAUCUCGAAGCGAAAGUUCGCUGUCCUCCAACAUCAGCACUCCUUAUGAGUCCGCGCUGAGGCUAGGCCCUACACUUUGGGUGGAAAUGUGGGAAAACCAGCGCUGGUAUCCGGUUAUCGGAUGGGGCACCAGUCGCUUUCUUACUGACCUUCCCAACUUCUGUUUUGUACCCCCGGCGUACCGCCUCUGCGGUGCCCACCCAGCCGACUUCGACGCUGCUUUUCAGUCGGCUAACCCUCCCUCUUCUCAUGCCUCCAAUCCACAGUGGCCGGCCCGUCGCAUCCUCACGGUGGCGCUCCCCUCGGACUACCGGUGGGUGGGCUUCUGGGAAAUUUACAAGGGGCACCCACACGGCACUGACACGGCCGGGUGGCGCUACGGAGAGCAGUUCGUAAGGUCGGAUAGCCGAGGCAACGCUGAUGUUGCCAACGCUGCGCUCUGCAAGCGGGUUCUGUCUCCGUUCAGAAGGAACCACACGCCCUUGUGCGUCGUCCGCCGUCGUUUGUGGCGCCGCCGCGUGGCGCUGAUGGGAGAAGAGCCUCCCUCGUCCUCGGACGACCUCUUCCUCAGCGACUCGGAGAAAAACUUGCAAUCCUACCUGAGUGAGAAGCAGGAGGAGAUGAACAUGGCCGAGCGCCUCAAGGAGGAAGAGUUCAUGGCAGCCCAAGCUGGCGAGCCGUGGUCGCAGGAGAGGGAAAUGCAGGCGGAGGAGGAGCUACGAAAGUUCUGCCGUGAGCGUCGAAGCCUCGAGAGUGCGUCCCGCAUGCUCAGCGCAAACCCGAGCUUCGCAAACCCGUUUCACCGGUCGGAGGACGCUGACGGCAUUUUCCCAGCUGACGCCCACGACGCCGAUCCUACCAACGUCGAAGCACAGCUGGGGCGGUAUAGCGGCGCCGUGGCCGCAUCGUCGUGGGCGUGGGACAGUCGAUCAAAUCUUGCGGCACCUGCCGUCUCAUCGCCGAUGGCGGUCGCUGAUGACGUGACUGUUGGUCAUAACUCCACAUCUCAGCAUGACGAAUACGCCUUCGAGGCUUCCAGCGCCAAUGCGCUGAGUCGUGUGGAUGGAAGCGACCUGAUGGAACAGAGCACGGUCGAGGAGUUCGUCGCGUCCACUGCGAUAGGUACGGGACAGUGGCGCACCGACGGUGCGGAUGCCGCCGCCGAAAAUAUGGUGGGGCGAUUUGUGUCAGCAUCGCCGACAGACAUCACCGACUUGACCAAUGACGACCAGGCUACUGGUGUGUCGAUUGAUGGCAUGAACGAUCCCAGCGGGGCGAAUUUCCGCGCGAUUUUUUCGCAGUUCAUGGAUCCGUCUGGUGAUCAAAAGACGCUAUGA